AGUGAGAAGGAUCAUCCGCUAAAACACCACCUGAUCCCCUUAAUUAAACAUCGACAUCGCUUAUUCAGCUCGAGAAUGCUCAGGAGACUAUGUCAGAGUUUCGGGAAGCUACAGCUACGAGAAUAUUCGUCUCGACCUGAAGUCAGCGAGCGAAUUCCAAAGCCGAAGGCUCUGAGGGCCGCCCACGAGCGAUGGCAGAAACUCCACAUGAAGGAGCUGAAGAAACUGGUGAUGGCUGGACGGAUCGCCGAUGCCACAACGUACUUCAAUCGCGACAUCAAAUAUCCUCAUCCGAUCAUGUUCAGAUACAUGAUUAAAACCGUAGGAAGAAUCGGGCAUUCAGAAUUGGCCUUUAAAUAUUUGAGGCUCAUGAAACAGCGGUCUCUCAGGCCGAGUUCUGGGACGCUGACCUCCUUGUUCAAUGCUUGCGCCAAUAACAAAGAAGAUAGUCAGACUGCUCUCCAGAGAGCGAGCGGUUUAUACGCACAGAUAUCUCUCAAGGGAUGGCGGUGUACCGAUAUAACUUAUCAUGCGAUGAUCAAAGCUUUCGCCAUGCAUGGAGAUUCAGCUACUUGUUUCAAGUUGCUGGACGAGAUGAUCGACAAGAAGUACCCUGUGACAAUCGAUACCUACACUCACCUGAUGAUGGCUUGUGUCGGCGACAAAGAGAUGGGAUUCGUGCUCGCGGUUCGAGUGAUGCGACUCGUCUUAUGGAAUCGCGUGAAGCCUUCAGUCAAGUUAUACGACAACCUUAUACGAGCGGCUCUCGAAUGCGGUUGCGGCGAUGAUAUCGAAGUGCUGAAUAAACUAUUAAACGACGCGAAACACUCCCAGUUGCGCGAUCCGGGCGUCCGCCAAAUCGCAGCAGGAGAUCAUCUCCUGGAUGUGAGAUUAGACGAGACCUUGAUCAGCGUUGCCCGAAUACCCGACGGUGUGAGCCAGAGGCUCGCCCUCAUCGGUGGCGUUCCGGGAAUAUUGAAGCAGAUGUCUUAUUUCGAGCUCCGACCGUCGCCAACCACUUACUCGAUGUUGUUCCGCUGCAUCCAUUCCGAAGAAGAACUGCUGGAAUUCUUGAAACAGAUCCCGCUGAAAAAGAUGGAUGUCGGCUUUUGGAAUCAGCUGUUGAAGAAAUGCUUGGUCGAGAAAUACGCAUGCGCCGAAUAUGUCCAGAAAAAGCUCUUCAGGAGUGGCGUGAAAUUCGAUGUCUUGACCUACGGAAUCCUCGCUAUGAGGGUGGAUUCAAAGGAGUCACUGCAGAGGUUCAUGAGAUGGAUGAGCGACGAAGGUUUAGUGCCCAACGAAGUCAUCAUGUCGACAUUGAUAAACAACUUCAGUAGGAAGUUCAAAUUCGGGGUUCUGCGAGAGCUGCUCAAUUACUGCAGGGAUGAAAGCAUACCUCUGAACAGAGCAGCCACCAAGAGCCUGGCGAGAAUGAUGGACAGCAACCGAUAUGAGGACAAGAACCUCGCAAUCGGGAAGUUGUUGAAGGAGAUUAAGGUCUCCGAGGAGGAAGGCAAGGCUUCCCGCUACGAGCAACUCGAACCCACCGUCCUCAAGAGAAACAAGCUGAUAUGGGAUGACGACGCGGAAGAUGAAGAUAUCGAGGAAAGGGAUCGAAUUCUGGAGAAGGAAGCUGUUCAAGAGAAAGAGGCGAGACGUCAAGCCAGACUCCGCCGACAGAAAGUACUGCACACGAGUUAG